AUGGCAAAAGCCUGUGGAGCCACCAGGCUCAUGAUUAAAGGCAACUCCAACCUUGUCGUGCAGCAAACGAUGAAAGCCUGCGACGCCAUCUCGGAUACAAUGAUCGCCUACCGCGAUAUGUAUAACCUCCUGGAGGGCCAGUUUGACGGCUGCGAGCUCCGCCACAUCAGCCGAUCCAGCAACGAAGAAGCCGACAAGCUGGCCAACAUCGGAUCAACGCGCACGCUUGUACCACCAGGAGUCUACCUCGAGGUGAUCGAGCAGCGCUGUAUCAAAGAAAAGAGCACUGCAACCCCAGUUAAGCAGCCGACAGACCGGGGGGCUACGCCUGCCGUCGACUCCGCCAUGCCCAUGGCAGAAGAGAAGCCGGGUACCCCUAAGACUGCCCGCGAUGAGAACUCGGCCGAAGUACUAUUGGCAGAGCCUACAUGGAUGCAGCCUUUCCUCGCGUACAUGUUGCGCCAGGAGUUGCCGAACGAUGCAGCCGAAGCUCGUCGCAUUGCGCGCCGCUCCAAAGCAUUCAAGAUCAUCAAUGGUGAGCUUUACAAGCAAAGCGUUUCGGGCAUACUCCAGUGGUGCAUCGUACUCGAAGAAGGAAGAGCCCUCCUCCUCGACAUCCAUCAAGGUACUUGCGGCCAUCAUGCAAGUAGCCGUGCCAUCACGGCCAAAGCAUUCAGAGCCGGAUUCUACUGGCCAACGGCGCAACGAGAUUCUCACGACAUUGUCAGCAAAUGCGAAGCAUGCCAGAUGUUCGCCACCAAGCCUCAUGCGCCUGCCUCGGAGCUCAAGACGAUUCCUCUCACUUGGCCGUUCGCUCAGUGGGGACUCGACAUGGUGGGCCCACUACAGAAAUCAUCGCCUAGCGGCCACACCUCUCUUCUUGUCGCCAUUGACAAAUUCUCAAAGUGGAUCGAGGCCAUGCCAAUUCGGGUUCCUCAUAGUAUCAACACGGACAACGGCUCCAACUUCUUGGCCCAAGAGUUCAAAGACUUCUGCGAACAGAUGGGGAUCCACAUCAACUAUGCCGCCGUUGCGCACCUGCAGACCAAUGGUCAGGUGGAAAAGGCCAACGGGCUCAUCACCGACGGUGUCAGAAAAUGA